AUGACAGAGCUGCUAACAGUCUUUGUGGUGAAGAAGACGAAAGUAGCAUUCCACUCAUUUACUCUGCAGGUCAUCUCUGAUCCUAGUGACUCCGCAGUACAGAACUCAGAGCGGACCUCUUCGGAACUCAGAGCGGACGUCUUCGGAACUCAGAGCGGACGUCUUCGGAACUCAGAGCGGACCUCUUCGGAACUCAGAGCGGACGUCUUCGGAACUCAGAGCGGACGUCUUCGAAACUCAGAGCGGACGUCUUCGGAACUCAGAGCGGACCUCUUCGGAACUCAGAGCGGACGUCUACGGAACUCAGAGCGGACGUCUUCGAAACUCAGAGCGGACGUCUUCGGAACUCAGAGCGGACGUCUUCGGAACUCAGAGCGGACCUCUUCGGAACUCAGAGCGGACGUCUUCGGAACUCAGAGCGGACCUCUUCGGAACUCAGAGCGGACGUCUUCGGAACUCAGAGCGGACGUCCUCGGAACUCAGAGCGGACGUCUUCGGAACUCAGAGCGGACCUCUUCGGAACUCAAAGCGGACGUCUUCGGAACUCAGAGCGGACCUCUUCGGAACUCAGAGCGGACGUCUUCGAAACUCAGAGCGGACGUCUUCGGAACUCAGAGCGGACCUCUUCGGAACUCAGAGCGGACGUCUUCGGAACUCAGAGCGGACCUCUUCGGAACUCAGAGCGGACGUCUUCGGAACUCAGAGCGGACGUCUUCGGAACUCAGAGCGGACCUCUUCGGAACUCAGAGCGGACCUCUUCAUGAAUUUAGAAGUGCUCUGGACCAGCGUUUCCCAGAAGGCACAGGUCAGGACUCAGACUCAGGGAUCCAUGUUCACUCUGUCCUGUGCCUCCCCAUCCUCACUUCCAUCGGUGACCUCAUAGCUAUCCUGGAGCUGCAUCGGCACCGGGGCAACGAGCCCUUCGAUACCAGCAACCAGGAGGUUGCAACGGCGAGUUUAGCAUGGGCAUCUGUAGCUAUUCACCAAGUACAGGUGUGCAGAGGCCUAGCCAAACAGACCGAACUCAAUGACUUCCUGCCAGAUGUGUCAAAAACGUACUUUGACAACAUUGUGGCAAUAGAUUCUCUACUUGAACAUAUAAUGAUAAAUGCAAAAAGCCUGGUGAAUGCAGAUAGAUGUGCACUAUUCCAGGUGGACCACAAUAACAAAGAACUGUACUCAGACCUGUUUGACAUCGGGGAGGAGAACGAAGGCAAACCUGUCUUCAGGAAAACCAAAGAGAUUAGGUUUUCUAUAGAGAAAGGUAUAGCGGGCCAAGUAGCACGGACGGGGGAGGUCCUUAACAUCCCAGACGCCUAUGCAGACCCACGCUUUAAUAGAGAGGUGGACCUCUAUACGGGAUACACCACGCGGAACAUCCUAUGCAUGCCCAUCGUUUCCAGGGGGACCGUAAUAGGGGUCGUACAGAUGGUUAACAAGCUGAGUGGAAGUGCCUUCACCAAAACAGACGAGAACAACUUCAAGAUGUUCGCCGUCUUCUGUGCUCUCGCCUUGCACUGUGCCAACAUGUACCACCGGAUCAGGCACUCUGAGUGUAUCUACAGGGUAACCAUGGAGAAGUUGUCCUACCACAGUAUCUGUACAUCAGAGGAGUGGAAGACCCUCACACAGCUGGACCUGCCUACGCCCCUAUACAAAGAGAUAGAACUGUUUCAUUUUGACAUUAGUCAGUUUGAGGAGCUGUGGCCGGCUGUCUUUGUUUACAUGGUCCACAACUCAUGUGGAGAGACCAGUUUUGAGCUGGAGAAGUUGUGCAGGUUCACUAUGUCUGUGAGGAAGAAUUAUCGGCGUGUUCCCUACCACAACUGGAAACACGCCGUCAACGUGGCUCACUGUAUGUACGCCAUACUGCAGAAGGCCACCGGCAUCUUCACUGAGAUAGAGAAGAAGGGUCUGCUGAUUGCCUGUCUAUGUCAUGAUCUGGACCAUCGAGGAUACAGUAACACUUACCUGCAGAAGUUUGACCAUCCUCUAGCUGCCCUGUACAGCACGUCUACUAUGGAGCAGCACCACUUCUCCCAGACUGUAUCCAUCCUCCAGCUGGAAGGGCACAAUAUUUUCUCCAACCUGACUUCCAGUGAGUACGAGCAGGUUCUAGAGGUCAUCCACAAGGCCAUCAUCGCUACAGACCUGGCGCUCUACUUCGGUAACCGCAAACAGCUAGCUGAGCUACUGACCGCUGGAGCACUGGACCUGAACAACCACCAACACAGGGACCGUGUGAUUGGUCUGAUGAUGACAGCAUGUGACCUGUGUUCCGUUACCAAGCUGUGGCCAAUCACGAGACUCACAGCCAAUGAUAUCUACGCUGAGUUCUGGGCCGAGGGGGAUGAGAUGAAGAAGAUAGGUAUACAGCCCAUCCCUAUGAUGGACAGAGAUAAGAAGGAAGAGGUUCCUCAGGGGCAGGUGGGGUUCUACAAUGCUGUUGCACUCCCAUGUUAUACUACCUUAUCUGAGCUCUUCCCCCCGUCUGGCCCUCUUCUACAAGCCUGCAGGGAGAACCUUGGCCAAUGGGAGAAGAUAGUGAAUGGAGAGGAGGAGGACAGUGGAGUGAGAGGAGUGUGGGCUCCGUCAGAGCCUGUUGACCCCAGGGCAGAGCCUGUUGACCCCAGGGCAGAACCUGUUGACCCCAGGGCAGAGCCUGUUGACCCCAGGGCAGAGCCUGUUGACCCCAGGGCAGAGCCUGUUGACCCCAGGGCAGAGCCUGUUGACCCCAGGGCAGAGCCUGUUGAACCCAGGGCAGAGCCUGUUGACCCCAGGGCAGAGCCUGUUGACCCCAGGGUAGAGCCUGUUGACCCCAGGGCAGAGCCUGUUGACUCCAGGGUAGAGCCUGUUGACCCCAGGGCAGAGCCUGUUGACUCCAGGGUAGAGCCUGUUGACCCCAUUGUAGAGCCUGUUGACCCCAGGGCAGAGCCUGUUGACCCCAUUGUAGAGCCUGUUGACUCCAGGGUAGAGCCUGUUGACCCCAUUGUAGAGCCUGUUGACCCCAGGGCAGAGCCUGUUGACCCCAUUGUAGAGCCUGUUGACCCCAGGGUAGAGCCCAGCACGGAGGAACCAUCGAACCCUGACACAGGCCCUGUGAAGGUGGACAACUGA